AUGAUCAUGGGGUUCGCUCGCCUGGUUCGACUUGUUGUGUCAAACACGGCAGCCGUUGCCAGAAAAAACGGCCUCGGAGCUACCGUUUUGAAGAGGAGCAAUUAUGCCAUAUCUGCCUGGUCGCGCGCGGGGAAGGCCCAAAAGAGUAUUGAGCAAGGGGUAGUACUGAGUAUCUCAAGGGAUGCUUCGGGCAGCGCGAGAUUGACAAGUCAUCAAAGGACGAGGCGAAUUGCCCUUCAUCAAGAAAUGGGCAGGGACCAGGAAUUGAACAAGCAUCUCACCGAAAUUGAUGUCGAGAAGUGGCGCAUGAAGACAGAAAGGAAACCACUCAAAGACGACGAAAACGAUUGCCCGGCCCCGGCAGGGUCCCAUUACUGUACUCCAGAGGCCCACGGCAAAACGGUAAGCGGGCAAAUUUCCAUCUAA